CGUUCUGUAGCGAGGUUCCAUCAUUUGUGAGCUCACUUUCCCAACUGCCGUACUGGCGGUUCGCCUGAACAGGAGACGCCUGGCUGUGGUCCUUGAGCAAGAGAUCUACCUCUACGACAUCGGGAACAUGGCCCUGCUGCACACCAUUGCGACGUCGCCGAACCCGAACGCUAUCUUCGCUCUGUCGCCUUCGUCGGAAAGGUGUUACAUCGCAUACCCCCUGCCCAAACCGCGCGAGGAUCAAGGCGAGAGGCGGCCCGCCCACGCCCCCCCCCUCUCGACCUACGUGCCGACCACCUCUGGCGAGGUCAUCAUCUACGACACCAACACCGGGAAGGCCCUUAACGUCAUCGAGGCUCACCGUUCACCGCUCUCCUUCGUCGCCCUGAACCACGAAGGCACCAAGGUUGCGACCGCCUCUGAGACCGGCACGAUCAUACGAGUCUUCUCCGUUCCGGACGGCCAGAAGCUCUAUCAGUUCCGUCGCGGAACUUACCCCUCGACGAUAUAUAGCAUGUCCUUCAACUUGAGCUCCACCCUGCUGUGCGUCUCGUCCUCGACGGACACGGUACAUAUUUUCCGUCUUGUCAACGCGCAGAACACCAGUGCGGGAGGGAGCGCCGUCCCCGAGCCGGAAGAGCCGGGCAGCCCUCGGUCAAACCGCUGGUCUCGAUCCAGGAGCAUCGACAGCGACGACCCAGAAUACUCGCCCGGCAGCUCCGGCUCGUCCCCUCGUGGCGGUGAAACACCGAAUGCCGGCUCCAGGACUAAGGAUUCAGCCCGCAAGAGGCAAAGCGGCACCUUUAGCAGCAUGCUCCGUCGAUCGUCGCAGAUUAUGGGUCGUACUGUUGCGGGAGCUGUUGGGCCUUACCUCCCGCAGUCGGUCACCGAGAUGUGGGAGCCGCAGCGUGACUUCGCGAGCAUAAAACUUCCCAAGCCUGCCAAUACGACGGCGAGGGGCUCUCUGAUAGGAGGCCCCGCACCUCUGCGCAGCGUUGUGGCCAUGUGCAAUAACUCGCCCCAGAUCAUGGUGGCCACGAGCGACGGCGGCUUCUUUGUCUACAAUAUCGAUUUGCAAAACGGAGGGGAGGGAUGUCUUGUCCGGCAGUACACGUACGUUCUCUAAACGUUUGCGCAGCACCCCAG